CAUGGCGGAGUUUAAGGACAGCGAGUUGCUGGAAGACAAGAGACGACUUAUUGAACAAUUAGAGAAUUUAAGACGCUCAAAUGCAGUGCUACGAGCUGAAACCGACAUGUUUGAGCGGUAUAUUGCUCGUUUGGAACCACGUCAAAUCACGGUACAGGGUGGACCUGAAGGCACUGCGGACGUACCGAAUCGUACAAGGAAGACCACCAGAGCACGAACAAUGACCCAGGAUAAACUUCAGAAGUUGACGUUGGAGCAGAAAUGUGAUGUUGCCCAGAAGGAAAUGGAUGACAUGAGGGAGGACCAGGAGAAAUUUAAGGAAACCUCAGAGAGAGUGAUUCUCAACCUUAAGGCCACCUUGGAGGAAGCUGACGUGCGGCUCGUGGAGGGGAAGAAGGCCAGCAAUGAGUUUGACCGCGAUGUGGCCAAGGUUCUGCGGGAGAAAAAGGGGGCCAUGAUGGGCGCUGAGAAGGUCGUCCGUUACUUUGAGGACAGGAUGAGGGCAAAGGAUACACUGAUAGAGAAACUGCGUCUGAAGAACGCGGCGUUGCACGUGCAGAGGCGGAAGCUCUAUCUUCAGAUGCGCCAGAAAGAGGAGAUGGGAGAGGCACUGCACGAGGUGGACUUCCAACAGCUGAAGAUCGAAAACAGCCAGUAUCUGGAGCGCAUCGACGAGAGGAACCAGGACCUGCUCCGCCUCAAACUAUUGGCAGGGAACACCCUGCAGAUCCUCAACUCAUAUAAGAAGAAGCUGCAGAACAUAACCUGUGAGUCCAAACUGCUGAGCAGCAAUAUCGCCACACGGCGAGACAUGCUGGUGAAGAUCGAGGAAGAGACUGAGCAAGCUGAGGAGGAGCGUGCGAAGGCCGAGGUUCUGAACAGGAAGUUGCGAGGCCAGCUGGCAGAUUUCCGCGUGCCACCCGUUCUGCAGUACAUCACGGCCAAGGCCUCCCAUAACCAGCUGGAGCAGACCGUGCGGGCCUGGGAGCGCAAAGUGGAGAUCUCAGAGAUGGCCCUGAAGACCCACACCAAGGCCUGGAACAAACUGAGGGCAAUUGCUGCUGGACCAGGACCUGCCUCGUAAAUAGCACAAUCAAAACAAGGAGCUUACCUCACUGGAUGUGCAACAUGACGUUUCACAUUAAAAUAUGCUUGUAUUUUACAGAUAAAGCAAAUUGCUCCCUGACACAAAUCUGACUAGAUUCUGUUCUUGCACAAUGUUACUCAACAUCCACAGACUAUAUUGUAGAAUGAAUAGAUAACUAUGAGUUCAAUAGGUUAACAUGAAAUCAACCAACCAUUCCCACUUUACCUAGACAUUGUUCUUAUUAUGUUCUUAUCCUUUGUUAAAUAGGUGUAUUUUGUCUAAGUGUAGUUACUGUUCAAGUUAUUCCUCAAAUAAAUAUUGUGCCGUAACCAUUCUUACAUCACAUCAAGACUUUAUAGGAAUUAUUAGACUGGUGGUAACCGCACUCUUGAAAUGAGACAGGCAUAUUUGG